AUGGUGGAGGAUUUCAGCGGCACGGCGGACCCGCUGGCGAACCUCCGGCGGGAGCGCGGCGAGCGCCGGCGCUACCUGGGAGCCAUGCUGGACGACGCCGACUUCCUGGAGGGCGUGCUGCGGCGAGCGCACAAGUGCCCGCUGAGGGCCAGCGACCAGAAGGUGGUGCAACUCGCCAAGGAGGGCCUGCAGCUGGCGCGCGAGGCGCACAAGACCCUCGAGGCCCGCAGAGUGGUUCCCGACCCAACCUACGUGGGGCAGAUCUUCACUGAGGAAAUGGUGGAGCGGCAGAAGCAUAGGCGGGUCACCGACGUGGGCCGUGCUGCCAAGAUCCUGGAGCGGCUGGCCGAGGCGAACGAGGCCGCAGACAUGCGCAUGGUACUGCGGCACUCGGAGCGCCUGUGGGAGUUCCUGGUGGGGCGACCGGCGCCACUGGUGGGCGCGCGCGAGCGAGUGCGGCAGCUGUGCGAGGCCAGCCGCAUCGUGGCGAACGCGCGCCUGCGCGGCCUGCGGCCUCCGGCCCAAGCCACCCCAGCCGCGCUAGAGGUCCGCGCCUGUCGCCUCAUGGGCGCUCCUCUUCCUCGCGACUACCAGCCGCCACCGCAAGCCGCGCGCCGCCCCAAGCCGCUGGAUCUCGUCGAUCACAAGUGA